UUAACUCGAAUUCAGUGCGCAUUUCGGUCUCGUUCUAAACAAUCCUAUAUUUACGAACUCCGCGAUCCGCCAUCAAUAUAAUUAAUCAGUAUAGGUAAUGAGUGAAUUUUUCAAAUUAUAUAAAUUUUAACGGAAAAUUUGAAAAAUGUCUAUUUGAACGUGGUUCAAUGUCAUAAAUGUGACAUACCUGUGAUUUAUAUACGGCAUAGUUGCAGUUUGAAUUGAUAAGAAUUUUAUUUUUUAUUUAUUGAAUUUGUGCGGUGAAAGAAAUUAGAACACCCAACGUACUUGUGUCUUUCGUAUUUAAAUGUUAUGCUAGAAUGUAAAAAAAAGUGAUUUAGUGAUUACGAAUGAGUUUUUAAAAUACAUUUUUUUAUUGUUUAAAUUUAUGCAGACAAGGCCAAGUGAUAUUGGAUCUAUUGCUACCAUUUAUUUUGAUUUAUGCAUGCCAAUGUCAGAACACAUUGCAUUUACAAUUUAUCAAAGAAUUCUUGUAAUUAUAUACGUGUCACUUCUUACAAGUUUCGUUGAAGUUUAACAAACUAUUAUUCAAAUUGGUGGACACCAGACUUGUUUUGAUUUGUGUGUUGAUUAAUUAUGAUCGUUUACAGUCAAGAAAUUCAUCGAAAUUUUAAGUAAAAAAAAAGAAUUUACAUACAAAUUGUGGUACAGUCGGUGGUAUCAAAGUGAAAACUAUCUACAUCUACAUUGAAUACGCUCAUUAUAAUAAAACUCAAAUAAAUAAUGCUACACAAUAACUACUUAAAAACAUCGUAAAUCAAUUAAGAUUGUUUUUCCAUAAAGCUUGAAGAUUGAACGUUUUUUUUUCUUAGUUUAACCGCAAACCGACUCGAUUCACGCAUUAUAUGUAUAGCGAGUAAAAGAAAUAAAAUGUUUCAGUAAACAUUGAAGUGAAGUGGAUAUAAGUAGAAUAAGGAUUGAUGUAAAUAAAAUAAAAUAAUAACCGUUUAAUUACCUUCGGAUAAUUUUCGCAACACUCUGCAAAUGGAUGCAAAAUUGAUGUAACCUGUCAUUGAACUAUUGCAAUUAGAAAAAAAAAAAUUGAAACUCAGUUGUGAUUUCAACGUUUGACUUUGAAUUUAAAAAAAAUUGUUGCUUUAGUGAAUUUACUGUUGAACCAAAAAUGGAUGUAUAAAUGACGAUACCGUAAUUGAUUGGUACAUUACCAUCAAAUUGUGGAUUUGACUUCAGUGAUUUCUUUACACACAGUUUAUACAUAAAACAGGUCGUUGCAAAAAGAGUCAUGAUGAUCAUUUUACUAUGAUUCAAAUUGUGUGUUGUUGAUUGGGAAUUAUAUUUAAAAUUCGUUUAAAUCGCAAUGGCAGUAUCCUGCCCGGAAGUUAUGUACGGAGCUUAUUAUCCAUAUUUAUACGGUCGAGCUGGACCAAGCAGAUCAUUUUAUCAAUAUGAAAGGUUUAAUCAAGAUUUAUAUUCGUCGUCGGGUGUGCCACUCACCUCGUCCAGUGCAUCAGCUAGUUCACAUUCACCAUGUAGUCCAAUAUUGCCGCCAUCGAUAGCACUAAAUGCAUCACAAACGGCAGCAACAACAAUACCAACAAUACCAUUAGGUGCUCAUCAUCAACGUUCCAUUACCAAAGAAGAAGAUCUCAGCGCAACCAGACAUAGUGAUACAGAAGUUUCAUUUUGUUUGAAAGGUCCUCAUUCCGGUGCUCACAAUGAUAGUUCAUGUUCAUCUGGUCCGGACUCGCCUUCGACGUCAAAAGAUCAUCAUAUGGAUGGAUCGAGUACACCGACAAGAGCUCAAUAUGUUUCAGCAACCUGCGUAGUAUUCACACAUUAUUCCGGUGACACAGCCAGUGUAGUUGACGAACACUUUUCUAGAGCUUUAAAUUUUAGCAAUAAAGAAAGCAAAGAAGGCUGUAAUUCAUUGACAACUAGAAAUUUACCGGCUUCAUUUUGGAAUAGUAAUUACAUUUAUCCAGUACCCGCACCAACACAUCCUCAGGUUUCCGACUUAUAUUCAACCGACGGCAGUUAUUCAACGGAUCCAUGGGUUCCACAUGCAGCUCAUUACGGUUCAUAUGCGCAUGCCGCUCAUGCGCAUGCAGCACAAGCUCAUGCCUAUCAUCACAAUAUGGCACAAUAUGGAAGUCUUUUGAGGUUACCACAACAUUAUGGUCAUGGAUCUAGAUUACACCACGAUCAACAAACAGCCCAUGCGUUAGAAAGUGCGGCGGCAUACUCAAGCUAUCCAACAAUGGCCGGUUUAGAGGCUCAAGUCCAGGAAUCGUCCAAAGAUUUGUAUUGGUUUUGAAUAAAAUGUGCGAUAGUAUAGUUGACAAGUAUUUAAACGAAACCCCUAAAAUCAAAAUGUGUAAAAAAUAGUCUCCAAGAAACAAGUGUGUACAAUGCGGAAAAAAAUAAGUUUUUUAGUUUAGAAAAGUCUUUCUGAAAGUGGUACAAAAAACAAAAUUUUAUUUAUAUUUAAAUAUUUAUUUUCAAUUUUUAAAAGGUAAAAUGAAAAACAUGAUUAUGUCGAAAAAGUACUUAUUAAAGUUAGUUAAGAGUUGUUAUUUAAAUUGAAAUAAAGAGAAAAAAGUGAUAUAAAAAAUAAAAAAAGUUUACAGUUAAGAUUAGCAUAAUAAAUACAUACUACGGCAUAGGCAUGUUGCAUGUGUAAUACACAUUGUGGUUAUACUACCUUAAACAUUGAUACACAAAAAAAAUAAACAAACCAAUAUUAGCGGUUUUACAAUAUCUUGUUGAAUUCAUUCAGUCUAAUUGCGACGAAAUUGAAAGUAAACUUAAGCGUCUUUCAUGCAGAAAAACGUGCUUUGAAAUUUACAUUCUGCAAAAAGUUUAUUCGGACAAAAUUUGCGUUAUAGUUAUGACCAAUUCGACUUUUACAAUAUUUUUUUAAACACACCUUAAAAACCAUGAAACCAUCGUUUCCUAAUAAAAAAAAGUUUAAAAACAUUUCAUGUAAUAAAAUUAGUUGAAACAAAUAAAUAUCUAGAUUGUAAUUGUUGUAUAAAUUAUUAUAAACGAAAAUAAAUAAUAAAAAAUACGAAAAUUG